AUGGAGCUGAUAGGAGACAGCGAAGCCAUGAGAGGCCAUCUCGAGACGUGGCUGUCCGAUUCAGUGCUUAAUGCUUCGGAGUCGUUUGGUCUGCGUCGAGCAGCGGUCUCUGCAUUUGCUCAUGCAAGCAAAGGGACCACAAACAUGCUUGAGGAUCCUAUUCAAGAUCUCACGGAGAAGAUUAUGAAACGAUUCGGUGACAACCUUUUCAUCAAGCAUUCGCCAAUCUUACAGCAGGAGGCUUGCGCUCAAAUUCUUCUCUUGCUGGCUGGUUAUGCGCAUCGAGCUCAGCCAAUGUCUUUGUUCAUCAUGGCUCGCUCGAGCGCACAUCUGAGCGGAAUGUCAAACCGGCUGAACUCGUCUUCACCAAGGGCUCGGUUUCUUGGCAUGAUUGUUGGAAUGGCCAUAUCAGAUCUGGUGGACAAACCAGGAUCUAAGAUGAACUUCGACAUCGAUGACCUGAAAACAGCUGAAGGAAAGUGGUACCAACAUCUCGUCAAGGUCGACGAUAAGAUUGGUGAGUACACAGAUAUCAAAGAAGUCUUCGGCGCCAACAAGGUCGCAGAAAGAGACUCUGCUACCACGUCAAUGCCUCGGUCUGCGAACAAGCCGGUCCAAGCGAAGCCGAAGCCCAAACCUAUCAUUCAGNNGGAAGAGCCGCAGGGCCCCAGAAUCAUGGAAGUGCUGGACGACUCCGAGGACGAUGACGAUCUUGUGCCUUACGCCAAACCAGAUUCUGACCCUGAAGAUGAAGACGAGGAUCCUACCAUGAUCAACCGCGACAAGCCCAAGGCUCCAGUGUACAUACGCGAUCUGAUGGCUGGAUUGAAUGACUCGGAGAACUACGAUCGACACAGUUUGGCCUUGAAAAAUGCUGCUGCUCUGAUCCGUCGCAAAUCUUCGUUUGGCAAAGAAGUCAGUGAUCAUGCACUCGAGCUUGCAUCGAUUUUGGUAGGACUUGGCGACACAUUCGACAUGGAAGACUUCCUCGAGCUGCGUCUGCAAGCAUUGAUUGCGGUGCUUGUAUCAAGCCCGGCACAAAUGGCACCAUGGUUUGCACGACAGGUCUUCGAUGGAGACUACUCGCUGAGUCAGCGAACCACAGUCCUGAGCGUUCUCGGGUUGGGUGCACGAGAGCUGGCUGGCUACAAAGAUGAGGACGAAGACCUAAACCCAAAGAUCGCAGCAACAUCAUUCCCAAGCAAACAGCUUCCUGAGAGGUUGCACAAGAUGUACACCGCUGAGCGCGAAGCACCAGUCGCUCGAAUCGCUUUCAACCUCGAACGAUCCAUGAUACAACCAAUGGCUCUCGACGCAGCUGAUAAGAUGUCAGGACCCAACAUCCUGAAAGUCAGAACAUUCUCCUCCCGCAUGGAAGUUGANAAGAAGAGGAAGAAGAUUAUUCCCAACGCAUUAGCCAGAAUUGUCGCAGAAUGCUUCUUCUUCNNCCCCCUGACCGGGCGAUGGUGGCAGAAUCUACAGGCAUAUGGAGCGGAAAAUGUGCAUUUCCAGCCCUUCUUGCUGAGUACAUAUCUCAAGACUCUAUCGCUGAUUUUGCAUGCGGCGGGAUCAGGAACCAUCAGUCUCCCUCAGAUGACGGCAGAGUUUUGGGAGUUGAUUUUGAGUGUUAGGACGAAUGCGUUGGCGGAUGUCAGUGUUUUGGAGGCUGUUCUCUUCGCUACUCUGACUCUUCUGGAUAUGAAUGAGGAUAAACGCAGACUGGCAGAAGAGCAUUCGAAACAACUGAUCGAGACUCAGGAGUGGGUUGAACUUGUGUUUGAUAGAGUUGGUGGAGGUGACGAAGAGNNGGGAGAGAGGAUACGCAUGCUUGCUGCUAGCGUUCUGAUGAAGACGAGAGAAGUGGUGGACAAGUACCAACGUUUACUCGUUGGCGACCUCGUAGACUAUUGA